AUGGGCUCAGCAAUUGUCAAUUUAAACUACAAUAGUGCAUCUGGUGUUUCUAAAUAUUGUUGUGGUACACCCGUUGGCACGGACGAAGGAAAUGGCACAGACUGCCAGUAUGGCUACGAUAGCUUCGCUUUAAACGAUGCGACUAUCAUCGGUGGACAUAAUGCUCUUGCCGACUAUACCCUCACAUCAACUUCGUCCAAUUCCUCUACAAGUGCCAAUUCUUCGAGUGUGUCUUCAACCUCAUCUCCAGGGACCAACACCAGUUCACAUGAUGUCGCCCUUGGCGUCGGCCUGGGUGUCCCGCUUGGGGUCAUUGCUCUUGGCUCGCUGCUCUGGGCAUUCUGGGAAAGGAAACGGGCGAAUCAAUUAAGUAGAGCUCUGGCGGCUAGCAACAUUCCAGCCCAAGGCUUUACCGGUACCCCACACACUCCUCAACCGCGCCUCAUGACCGAACGGUCUGGACUCACAGAGCUGGAGAGCACUUGGCACCCUCAGGAAAUGCCAGUCAAAUGA